AUGGGGUACGAGAGAGACUCGAUCUCGACGUCGACGCGCGGCUUCUCGGAUGAACCGCUGGUGAGGUUGCCCGAGAAACGUUUUUAUCGCAAAGGAGGAUUCUGGUGUCUGGUCGUAUUUCUGUGCAUCUGCGCUGCCGUGAUCCCUCCUCUGGUAGUCUUCCGAGAUCGACUAGGUCUACAGUCGAAACCGAAAUCACCGUUUGCUGAUCCACCGUUCUGGAAUGGCACCGGUCCAAACAACAACCCUUUCGGCACAUGCUUCACCAUCGAGGCGACCGCUUUCCAGCCUUACUGGAAGGAGCAACAGACGACGACGUGGUGUGGUGCGCAGUUUAACAAGUCGAGUCCAAUCUUUUCAUUGCCAUUGCUGAACAUGUCGGAGGCUGUGGGAUCGGAACAGCGAGUGGUUCACGAUACGGACAUGGGGCUCUGGCGCAACAUGACGCGCAACUGGUGUGGUGCCGAAGCCAGGAUCCGCGGCCCAGCCGGAGAGUUUACGGCGUACUUUGGAGAUGCCAACAUAUGGAGAAGUGUCGACCUGAACAUGCAUCUUUACGAGACGAUCAAGGGCGUUCCCGUAGGCACGUACAAGGAUCCUGACCAGGCGGGAUGGAUGGAUGCGGUGAGGGUGUGCUUUACUGGCAACCGGAUCGACAUUGGAGAUGGCCUGUAUCCGUUUGGUUACUGA